AAUACAUCGAAGGGAAAACGACACGAGAAUCGGACGCAAAGCGCACGAGGACGCGCGAGACGAGACGACCCUGCAUGCGACACGGAGGUUCGAUCGUGCAACCGAAAGAUUUGGCCGAUCCGUUCCGUCGUGGUAGUACCGACGCAUAGCAUAGCAAGCAAACAGUGUCGCUGCCGGCCUCGCAACGGUAGAGAUUCGCACACGAAGUUUGGCUGGCCGGCCGGCUCCUCCCACGAAACGUGCGCGCGCAUGCAUGCACGCACGCAUGUCUGCUGCUCUGCUCCGCUCCGCUCCGUCGCGCCUUUCCGUUUCCGCCUUCCUGUCUGCCCCGCCCCAAUAAUGGCGAGAGAGGCCGGCCGGCUUCACCGCCGCGAUGGCCGCCCGACCCGCAGCACCCAUUUAAGCGCGGCCCUUGUCAUCCACCCACGCUUUAAGCUUCCUCCCUCCCCGAGCGCACAUACUACUUUCUUCGGCGGGCGUUCCACGUGGUGGCCGCCGCGGCAGCUCUAAGGCCACCCGCGCGCGAACGACUCGCCCAGGCAAGCCAAGCCAUGGCCACCAUCCACUCUAGCAAGCCCCGCCACCGCUCCGAUGCAUCCGCCCCCGCCACCUCCGUGGCCGUCGCCGCGGCGAGGGCGCAGGACGCGCCCAAGCCCCCGCUCAGGCGGUCCGUGGCCUUCCAGCCGCGCCGCUCGCACAGCCACCCGCAGCCGCAUGCGCACGGCCACCAACGCUGCGACAGUGAGGCGAUCAGCCGCAGCGGCAGGCAGCCCCGCUGCGGCGAGGUGGCCGGCGGCACGGCGGCCGGGUGCGCCGCCGUGUGCUGCUGCUUUCCCUGCGUCAUGGUGGAGGUCGUCGUGCUCGCCACGGUCCGCGCGCCGGCCGCGCUCUGCCGGCGCGCGGUCCGGGCGCGCCGGCGCCGCCGCUCGGCCUCGGCGGGGCAGACCGUGGACAUGUACGAGCUGCUCGCCGACGACGGCACCGUGGCCGGGCCCGGCGACGCGGCGGUCGUCUGGCCCGCGGGUCAGCCGGCGGAGGAGUCGUCGGGGGAAAUGGAGAAGGAGGUGUGGUCGAGUUUCUACGGCGCCGGCUUCUGGAGGAGCCCCUCGUCGCUCGGCGACGAGAACAGAUGAUCGGGACAGGCCGGCGGCUCCUGCAUGCAUGCGACGCCCUGGCUUCUUCUACGGCUUUCUUGAUUCUUGCUCGGGUACGUAGGCUUCCUUCGUUUUCCUCGGGGGGAAACCGAUGUAGAGGAGGAAAUGGGAAGCUUGUGUGUCGUGUUUGAUCCACACCGCAUUCUUGUUCCACCUUAUAUCCACUCUUUUUUCUUCUUCCCUUUCUUGUUGGUGUACGUCCUCUAGAAGGGAAAUGAACAGUUCCCUUCUUUGUUACCAUUGUAUGCAACUAAAUGUAUAUACCGAGUGAUGUGAUUGGGGAAAAAAAAUACACACUCCAAAAAGGACAAGAAGAAUCGCUCAAUGGCGACGGACACAAGCACAUCGCAUACAGAGAUUUACGUUGGGAGGAGGUAUUUAAGUUCUCUGGAGACCUUAACAACUUCUUCGCCCAUAAAGCAUUUGAUGAGUUUUCGUGAGACUAGUAUUACUCAUAUUCGCAGGCCAUAAAAUAAAGUUAGCAAUUGUUUGGCUAUCUUUGCAUGGGUGAAAGGUAGAAAUAGGACAUGGUUAGGUUUUGAUCCUCCUAAAGUUGUGGAGCUGGCUAGCUCUGAUUGUAAUCAUGAUGUGGUUUGAGUAAUACAAAGUUUCAAAUUCGAAAAAA